AGUGUUUUAGGUACAUAGCAUAUACUAUAUAGUUCCCCACCCUUGUAUCUCAUGUGACCGACCAUCAAGCUUUAUUUUCCUGGCAUUGCUCCUUCUUGUCUUCUCAAUCUUUAACUUCUAUAUACUCACACAUAUAUAUACACUAAUAAACCACUCAAUUUUUCAUCAAACAACUAUAUUUUCCACUCAGAAAGAAAAAAAACAAAGUGUUGCACACGAAAUGGCAACAGAAAUGGAAAUUACUGAGCUAAGAUUGGGGCUUCCAGGGGGAAAUAGUCAUAUGAAGGAGAAGAAAAGGGUGUAUUCGGAAAUUACUAAUAGUGACCAGAACAGCAGCAACGUUAACGUUAAUGGUGAUGUUUACUAUAUGUGUCAGAAUAAGAAUGAAGUUGUGGGGUGGCCACCGGUGUGUGCAUACCGGAAAAAGAACAACUUUAACGGACGUGAAGGAUCGAAAAUGUACGUGAAAGUUAGCAUGGAUGGAGUUCCAUUUUUGAGGAAAGUUGAUUUGAGCACUCACAAGGGAUAUUCUGAACUUGUUAUGGCUCUUGAAAAGCUCUUUGAUUGCUAUGGAAUUGGGGAAGCAUUGGAGGAUGCAGACAAGUCAGAGUACGUUCCAAUCUAUGAGGACAAAGAUGGAGAUUGGAUGCUUGUCGGCGAUGUACCAUGGGAAAUGUUCAGUGAGUCAUGCAAAAGGCUACGGAUCAUGAAGAGAUCAGAUGCAAAAGUGAUAGGCCUUGGAGCAAGGGACUUUCUCAAGGGGAUGUCUGAAAACAAAUAAUUAUAAGGGCAUUUCAAAUUUGAUCUGCUUUAGUCAGAAAUAGAGUGGGUGAUUCAAGCUAUAUUUACGUAAUAUAAUUGUAAUCUUAUGUGUGAUGUGACACCUUAGAAUUAUUGUAGCCACUAUAUUUUCUCUUAAAGUGACUACCUUAUUAAUUUUCGUAUGUAAUAAGGCUAUAUGUGUAAGUUGUAACCCACAUAUUGUGCUGAAAUUGUGGCUGGCAGCUAACUUCCCCUUGUUGAAUUUCAUUAUUUUGGUAGCUUUUAAUUUAUUCGUUUUAUCCA